AUGCGUCGGAAAACAACGUUUACAGAAUUGAUUCGAGAAUGCCACAAAUCGCUGUCAAAGUCGAUAAGAGUCGAGUCGCCUUCGGGGUGCACCAAGGGAACAAUACCCCCACCCACAGGGAAGGUCUGCCCCGAUAGGUUCGAACACUGGGACGAAUUCGAGGGCAAACAGGAAGAGAUUUAUCGCUCCGUCUGCAAGUUCUUGAAGUCAACAAGUGAUGAUGAAAAGCGGUAUUUCUCAUCAAUUGAUGCCAUUCGAGAUACUGGAGAACAAGUUGUGAAAAAUGCACUAACUAGCGAGAAGGAUCUUGAGAUCCAUCAGAGGAUUACAGUGGAAACUUAUGUUGUACGCAUAAUCACUGAGCUCAGCAAGGUUCCCGAGGCCCGGGAGACAUAUCGAUUGGAUUUCGAUAAUGUCCACUUUAUGAAUCAUCUUGGCAGACUGCAAUCAUGCUUCAGAGUGUUAAACCUGGAAUCUGGAUUCAAUGAGCAGUUCAAAUUGAAGCCCGACUCGGUGUUCUUUACUUACGAUCGUAAAGGAUAUAGCGCUCCAGUUUUGGCGGGGGAGUACAAGCCUCCUCACAAGUUACCGGUGGAGACUCUUCGCGCAGGCCUGAGGACGCAUGACUUCUACGAAGAGAUUGUUGCAAGCCAGACUAUCCCCACCGAAGAGGGAAAAGCGGCUGAAUACAGGGCAACUCGUCUCACCGGGUCAGCGCUAGUCCAAGGAUAUCAUGCCAUGAUCCUACUUGGGCUUGAGUACGGGUAUGUAACCACUGGAUUAGGCAUAGUCCUACUGAGGGUGCCUUCUGAUAACCCUCGGAUUCUCCAGUGGCACCUAUGCGAGCCGAACAAGGAGGUGGCUCAGGGGGAUGACCAGUGGUUCUCACGGCCGCUCACAGCUAUUGCACGAAUCCUAUGUAUAACAUUGAUGGGCUUUGGCUCACAGCGUCAAACCUCCAGUUGGUCUGCCAAGACAAAGGGGUCACUGAAAACCUGGACCACAAGUUUCGAUGUGACAUAUUACAGCCAGAUAAAUGACCCUACAACCUCCGAAGAUCUUUCAGACAAAUCGUAUCAUCCUUCCGGGCCCGGCAAAGAUCCGGAAUCUACCAGACGGAUCCAGACCCGUUCGCGUGGUGGGUGCAGAGAGUCCACAGACAUAAACCAGCGAGAGGAUAAACAAGAUCCUGAUCCCGACUCUGUCCGACGAAAAAAGCGUCGCUUUAGUGAUUCUAUCUCUUCUAUAUCCCAUGCAAGGGAGCUGCGCUCAAAGCGUGUUAAACGGGGAGGCGAUGAAACCAAGAGUAGUAGCCAUCAAGAUACACGAUUCUGCACGCACAAAUGCCUCCUUGGUCUGAAAAGGCGCGGCAAGCUGGACAGGAACUGUCCAAACUUUGAGCUUCACCAAGAGAAUGGAUCUAACUAUCAUCGCACAAAUACUCACGGUCUUGUCAAGCUCAUCAAGACUGCAAUCCUUGACUGUGCGGAACCGAUGGGAGAGUGCGGAUUAUCUGGUGCGCCGUUCAAGAUAACCUGUCCCAGGUAUGGAUAUACUAUUGUCGGCAAAGGUACUACCUGCUAUCUUUGGCCCCAGUUGAAGCGUGAGGGAGACAUUUACCGGAUUCUUCAACCCGUGCAGGGAUCUGCAAUUCCUGUUUUCAUCGGCAAGCUUGACAUGCACGACAUGAUAUUUCUCUGGGGAGUGGGAAAAAUCCGGCACAUGCUACUCAUGGGGUGGGGAGGGGAGGAAAGUGACAAGGUCGAGGUUGACAGGCGUAUCAUGCGGAGAAGCCGAUCUAAGUCAAACAAAGACAUCAAGUCUCUUGGUGUUAACCAUCAGGACCUCGAAUGGAGAAAUGUUCUGUGGAGCGCAGAGCUGAAUCGAGCUGUGAUCAUUGACUUUCAUUUGUGCACAUUCAACAUAGACUUGGUGAAAAAGAAGCCGAAGUGGCUCACCAGAGAAAAUCCCAUGCUUGAUGGGAUCAAGAAGGAUCGAGAGCGCUUGCAUUGCGAAUACCAUGGCGUAUGCCUUCAUCUCCCAGAUGGAAAAUGUCCAAACGUAUUGUUAGACAUAUAUUGA